AUGGCUCCAAAGUCGGCUUCCGCAAGGGGCCAUGCCUUCUCACGAGUCUUUAGACUUGUAUUGACUCUUUUCAUCUUUCUCUCCUUGUUCGUUCUGGUUCAAGGAUCUGCUGACAGCCAGGAUGACGGUAACCUGGAUAAACCAUCUAUGGGAUCAGCUGUAUCAGAAUACCUGUUUACAGGUAAAGAGAACACAACCGAUACUUGUGCUUCAAGUGAUAGCGAAGCUAUCCUGGGGACCCUACAGCGGCGUGAUACCCGAUACUUUGGGCUAAUGGACGAUCGUUGCUACAAAUCUGACACAUGCGAAGCGAAGAGCGAUAAUUCUUGCCGUUUGGGUUACAAGAAAGUCGGAUUCGAGGUCUGCGGUUACUGGACCUCCAAAGGGAAAGCCAUAUGUUGCGAAGAAACCAUUGCUCCUAAGACAUGUACAUGGCGUGGUAGUGGUGGAGAUUGCAACGGCCAGUGCCAUACUGGCGAGGUCAGAUUGUUCCAAUCAAAACGCGGUGGUGGUUUCAAAACAGAGUCAAGCAACUACGGGUGUGACCGAGGAUGGAAAGCAUUCUGCUGUGAAGAGGAAGAAUACGAUGAACUACUAUCCGGGUGCAAGUGGACUGGCUGCGGUGGCAAGUGCAGUGAGGACGAAAACUCAGUCGCCUACUCUACCCAAUUCCCUCGCCAUUGUUCGAUUCUUUGGUUUGGAACACACCUGUGCUGUCCAAAAUCCAAGCCUGAACCCCUGAUAGACUGUCACUGGGUUGGACAAGGUGAUUGUGCAGAGAACUCAUGUGCCAACUACGAAGUCACAGUUGGGACAGAAGGUUAUGGGGGCGACAAAGACUCCUGCGCAUGGGGCCGACGCAAAGCACUCUGUUGUCAACACAACCCGAAAGCCAUUACCUGUUCCCGGGGUUUGUGUGAGAUAGACAAGAGCUAUGAUUGUGGUCCGGACAAAUUUGCAGAUUGGUCUGAAGCUUCGGGAGGCCUUGAGGAACGAGGCAGAACGAGUAGCGGACGAAGAAAGCUCAGCAGGAAGUUUACGAUGGGCAAGAAUUAUUACUUUGCCAAUGUGACUGCUCGCGGAUACCCUGGUUCCACUCUCCAGUAUGCUACCGCUCUUCUUGAGACUGCCAUGACCGGAAUACUGCCAAACGGGACUCAGAUGGUGACUCAAGCCAUUGAUUACAAGGAUAUCUACGAUUACUGGUCAAAAGAUGUCCUCCCUAAGUUGCCCUCGGCAGGUUCAAGUCGAGUUGUAAAGAGCCCAAACGAUUACUUCAUGGAUCGAUUUGGCUCUAAAGGCAAUCGCUUACCUUUCUUACUCUUGGACCGUAAUCUGAACCAGGUUAAAGGCCGAAUUUUCAGCGAUGGCGCCACAGUUCAAGACCCCUCUCUUUUUGCUAAACUUCUUAAAGCGACAAUCAAAGGUGGAAACGGCCAUGAUGGAAUCCUGGAUCCCAUUAAAUGGACUAUAUCUGUAUUUCGCUAUUUGAACCGAGCAGAAGUACGAGAACAGAUCCAGAAGAAUCGACAAGGCCUUCUCGCUGCCUCUUCCCAGAUAUCAGGCGCCGUACCAAGACUCAAAAGAUUGCAUGAAAUUCAUCAAGAGUUUGACUACAACUGGUAUCGAGCACGAACGGACAAUGCUCGUAAAUGGGUUAUUGGACAGCUGGACUUGAUCGAAAAUGCGUUCCAAAAAGCAAGCCCCGUACCAGCUAACUACAAGACUGUUAUGGAUACUGUCGCAGAAUUCAAAACCGAGGCUAGGCUCAUUAAGCCGCCCCCUGAAGACCCCAAGAAGUAUCAUUGA